AUGGUGGCUCCAAUGAACGAUUCAUCCACUUCCUCCGUUUCUUCCAAGGAGGAGCGAGCAACUCUCUACGAACGGCUGGGGGGUGAUGCCAUGAUGAACAUUAUGGUAUGGUCCUUCUUUGACGAAUUGGUGGAGCACCCUGAUAUGAAGCCCUUCUUCAAGAACAUUGCCAUGGUGGCAAUGAAGACUCACACUGUCAAGCUCUUCAAAGUGAUGUUCGGUACCGACGAAGAACAGCCCGAUGAUGAAAACCUUCGUGAAUACCUUCUCCGAACUCACACUCGACUCUUUCGAGACCUUGGACUCGACGCCGGUCACUUUGACACUCUGGCGGGCUGCUUCGUCGAGGGUCUGCAGAGCUUCCAAGUCAGCCAGGAUCUGAUUGAUGAGUGUGUCGCCCUCAUGGCUCCUCUCCGGGUCGUCUUUGAAUAUGGCGCCGAACUUGCCAAGAAGGAAAAGGAAAUGGAUCCAAAGGAACUCAAGAAACUGCCAUGGGCAUCCGCCAAGACCAUUGGCACGGAGGAACCUGCCGUUCUUCCCACACUCGCCAGCAUUGACAUUCCCGAUUGGUUGCCCACCGCUUUGGCCGGCAAGAACGCCACCAAGCAUACCGUCCGUGAAUGGACCUGCGAGCUCACGGAUCGGUUCGGUGCCGAAGGAGACUCCGAGAUUGCCGAUACGUUCCUCGAUCAACCGUGGGUCGAUCAUCACAUUUUCUGUGUGUCCUUCUUGCAACUGGCCUUUUUGCCCGACGACGUUGAUGUGGCACACCGCCAAAAGAUGUUGGAGAUUGUCAUGUACCCCCGGGGGCGUUACUGUGCUCGACUCUCGCGGCAUUUGUUUGAUCGCAUGAUCACUCAGUUUGCCUUGGCCUGCCAAAAGUUGGGCAUGUCGACGCAUCACUCCAAGCCAGCUGAAGAAAAGCUUUUGACCUAUCGUUCUGCCUUUGCUGGCAAGACUGUCAAGGUGGGUGGUGCCACGUGUCCACAUAUCCUCUCCAAAACCUACGAGCAACACAUGGAAAUGGUGAUGGCCCAGGAGAGGGAGAGCAGCAUGCGCAAGUCCUCCAAGAAGAAGAAAAGGAGCAACAAGAAGGCUUUCACAAGGCUCAUUAUGGAAGCUCCCGACUGCUCCGAGACAGAGACUGGGUCGGUUACCUCCAGGGAAACGUUAAACGCGAGCUUCACAAGAGAGGAUGCAUCCAACAGGUCAACCAGCAGGUCAUCCAAGAAAUCCGAGGGCAAGGACUCCAAACGAAAGUCCAAGAUGCCUGAUUUCAUUAAGCGAGUGUUUAAGGCUGGCCAGUAG